GUUCUUAUGCAUACACACUGGAGCUUUACACUUAUGAAUGAAAACAAAACUUCUUCUUGCCCCUGUACGCUAUUUGAGGUCAAACACUCCGGUUCCCUGCGCGGAGCUGUCGAAUGUAACGAAAUUCGCUCACUCGCUUCGCGACUCUCUGCUCGGUGCGUUCCCAAGCUCGGAGAGAUUGAUGUAAACGCACGUAUAGCACUGGAGUGCGGUGAACCAGCGCGAGCUUACAAGAUCAAGAGAGUGGUUUGGUGAAGUUGUGAUCGCCGAGCGCCUUGCUUCUUCACGCCCAGGGAGCCAAUCGAAAAAGGUUGCAUGCUUCGGGUUUUUCUCUCCGCGAUCGUGCCCCGCUUGGAAGUUCGCAUUCCGUGGCAUUGUUGCUUCCUUCAGUCGCAGUUCAUACAUCCACCGAGUGGUAUGCCGUUGGGGUGUCGCUGUGCUUGAGCUAGCUUUUUGAAUCCUUUGAAUUGCUGGUACUGUGAGUGGCUCGAUCGACUGUGGUCACUGUGUGUCGCAGUUUUGGGUAUAGUUUUUGUGCAAUAACUUUACUACAUUGUUGAGGAAAGGCUUUUCAUUGGUUUUUGGUGAUAUUUCGCAGGCGGUACAGAUAUUGAACAAAAGUGAAAUUCAAAAUAUGGCGCGUUACUACACCCAAAGUAGUCUCGCAUGAUCCUACCAUUAAUACGCCACAAUACAAAGUGAAGUGAGCAAGUGAGGUGAACGAUAAGCAUAAAAUGUGAAUGAAAAUAAUAAUGAUGCAUCAACCGUCGCGCGUUUUGCAUCAAUCUUCGGUUCCGCUAAGAUCGAUGUCACAGCCAGCUAGUCAUCAAUCGAGAAGUGCUACGGUAGUCCCUACCGCAAAUCAAACCACCAGCCCGUACUGCUCCAGUAAAGGCUCGCAGCAGUACACCAAGUUUCGGAACAAUCGCAGUGCAAGCAGCAGCCGAGUGCUCGGUGGGCUUCAAGCUCCAAUCAAGGCCGAAGCAAAGGUGGACUGUCGUCGUAAAAGUGGUGAAGUUCGGCUGGGCAAAAAUGGCAACGAGGACGAAUCCUUCGCGACCGAUCGUAUACCGAAGAUGAAACUUCUGAAAGUGAACUACGUUCACUUAACGAACGAUGAGGCCGUUAAGAAACCUGGCUCGGACAUCGAUAAAACAGAGGCUAUCGCUACAUCCAUCAUCGCUGGGAAUCACGGAAAAGCGUUGAAGGAAGAUGUUGAGAGAAAGAAAAUGGCUUCCACCGGCAAUGGUGGUGGUGGUGGCAGUAAAGUGGUGAAUAGCAACGCUGGUAGUAACCUUGCCGCAGAUCAUCAACCAUCCGCCGGGGGGCCCUUUGUCUGCAAAGCUGACAGCAGCAAGGAAUGCAAAAAAUCCACCUCGAGCAAAGAGACGGAAACUCCGAAUGGAGAUCCUGGAAAAGGCAGUAAUUCUAAGUAUCUGGUGUACAAGAAACACAAUGGGUUCGGAGCGAACUCGUCCCACACGGCGGAAAGCAGCAGUGCGAACGGUGGGAAACUGCAGUACAUCAAUGAUUCCGAUAUUAAAAUUAAAGCGCUGGCGAAGAAGAAGUAUGGUUUGCUGUUCGAAAACAAGAAGAAAAGCAAACUGGAAACGGUGCAGUACUAUUUCGACAGUCGCGGGUACGAACGGUACGUGGACAACAAGCUGUACGGAGUUAUUAACGAGAGGAAGAGUCAGCCGGACGGCCACGCGGUGCAGUCGUCUGCCGGUGGUUCGGUUGCAAUGCAGACGAAGUCAGCCGAGAUGCAGCAGAAACGGCAAAGCUGGGACGCAGUACGGCAUCAUAAUCGGCCUAGCAUGAUGCGUGUCAUCAAUCAAUCGUCGGCAGCCAAAAAGUGUGCCAAUGUGAUUAUGUUGAACCAUCAAACAUCAGCGGCAGCAGCAGCAGCAUCAGCUGGUGUUGCUAAACCGAUGUCGGCUGAAGCUCCGGAACGGCUUGGAGCUGGCGAUCUGAAACAGGAAAACUGUCGCAUGUUCAAACUGCAAAAAAGCCAUACCAGCACAAAUCUGCUCACGCGCCAUAAAUCGAUGAACGACAUCCACCGGAUCAACCAACUGUUCCUCGAGUCGAGGGAUCGAGAUCCCGAUCCGCUGUCCGGUGUUUCUUUUGCGAAUCGUCAGAAUCUUAAGCAUGCUAACAACAGUGGCGAUUCGGUCGCUCCCCAUGCUGGGCCGGUAGUUCGUACCGAUGUUCCGCCUGUGCAUCGGUUCGAGAAGCACCGAAAAACUGAGCAGGGUAAAUAUCUGGUGCAUAAACGGCUGAGUGCGAGAUACAAAACGGAAAGCAAUCUACCGAAUUCGUUGGAGGGGAUGCGACCAGCUUCGACGGAUAAUGUAACGACCUCCUCCUGCACCUUGUCCGGUGAUGACACGAUCAGCAAACGCAUUCGCAAAAUCAUUGACGAUCAUCAGGAUCACACUGCAUCGACGGAAACCAUUGAUCAGCAACCGGAUGAUGAACGUGAUGAGAUGCAUGAGUUGGAUAAACAGAAAGCACAGUCACAUCAUGCUUCCGCUCAUCCGUCAAGUAACGAGAAUAUAGCUGCUAAAAAGUUCCGACGCCUCUCGAAGUCAAAGUCUGCCGACAAGCUUUGGUCGAUAGUAAACAUGCGCAUGCGCAAAAGGAGAAACACGGCACCGCUUCCAGCACUACUUGCGGUUACAAGAAUUGCAAAUUUUCCAACUGCCCAAUGUCUUCGUCAUCCUCUUCGUCCUCUUCUGCUUCGUCAAGUUCGUCCACAGUGUCUUGCAGCACUAGAACGAAUUUGACCGAGUGCAGCGAGAAAACGGCUUCGACCGCUAUCGAGCGCAACAUUCCCGACCAGCUGGACAUCAUUUCGUGCGGGAAGCGGACAUCGAUUGUGAUUAACGACAAUGACGACGCUACCAACCAAGCGACAGAG